GAAACCUUUACCACCAAUUAAAAAAGCAGAGAAGAAAGAAGCACUUGCAAACCCUUUUAAGCCCUCUUCUCCUGGUAAAAAGUGGCUCGGCUCCAUAUUGAUCGUUAGAAUCAAGCGUCAUCUCUGAGUUUGGCGAACAGCUGCCCUAACUUGGUUUAGGGCUAAAGCCUAUUCUGGCAAAGAAGAUGGGGCUGCUCAUUCCAGAUGAGAUUUGGAUGGAAACGGUGUGGCUGUCUGCCAGAGCUUCAGGGGUCAGAGUGAGGGCUGAAGCACACGUACGUUGUGAGCUGGACCCAGGAGUGCGGAUCAAAUCUACAGGCUCUGGAGCCUGUUUGCUAAAGGAGCAGACGUCGAGUCCUCCAACCAGCAAGAUCCGACCAUGGAACAGUUGCGUAGUCUUGAAUCUAGCUCCUGAUAUUUAGCCCGAGGCACCCCUUGGAGACAGUUUGGAACCUCCCAGGCUAAACCACAGAGGGAAAGUCUCUCUGAGAAGCUUUGCAUCCCACAGGGACCUCAUCUGGAAGGACACAAGAGUGGCAGGAACCCUGGGGCGUCGUGGGCUGACCUGUGUCGGAGCCUUGAUCUGCUAUUACUGCGGCCCUCCUGGAUGUAGGGGGAAGCCCAUGUUACGGGGCAGCUCUCCUUGGAGUCCUCUUCACAUAACAGAGAACCCAUACUUUCUGACUUGGCUUUCGGGUCAGGAAAACUAUCGCAGUCAUCGUUUAAAAGGUCAUCGCAACUACGGGAUUUGAUUUUGGGGGAAACCGUUUCUUCAGUGCUGCUCCAGACCUCUGCGUUUUGCCGGGCCAUUUGCCAGCCGUUUUUGAAAGUAAUGGCCCUCUGUGAGUCAUGUGGGAUGUCCAAAUGCUGUCUAACAGUUGCAACAACGUGAAUACAUCCGCAGGAGGGAUGCCAAAAUGGAGGAAAGGAUUGGAAAAAAGGAGGAAAUCUGUGUCGGGGAAGAGAAGGCGCUGUCUGCUGUCAAUGAGGACAUGGGAGUUAAAGCCCUGUGUUCUAGUUUCUUUCUCUCUGCUGGUUGGUGGUGGCCAGAGGAUCGGUCUCCUGCUUUUCUGAGAGAUGACUGAGGCCCCUGGGCGGAAGUUACCCAUGGCUGUCUGGGACAGUAUUGCGGAGAAGGCUAAGGCUGUGCAACAAGGCAUGGCAAAAGGAUUGUAAAUGAAGAUGGACUGUGUAAUGAAUCACAGCACUGGAGACGUGAAGGACAGGGAAGACAAAGGGCUUUCGUCUGAAAGGAUGUUCUGUAGAACAAGGGCCCAGAUUGCAGCGAACUUCCUCACUUCCCAGAUGAAAACGACUGGAUUUGGACUAAUGAGAAAAGGAACGGUCAGCUGCCUUCAGAGCAAAAUCAUGAGCAGGUAUUUGCUUUAUCGUAUCUACUCCUUCUUGGGACUGUUGCCCUUUUGGAUACUGUGUACAUCUUCUACCAACAAAUGUACUGUUAGACAUGAAAUAGCUGACUGCAGUCAUCUGAAGUUGACUCAAAUACCUGAUGACCUCCCAACAAACAUAACAGUGUUGAAUCUUACCCAUAAUCAACUCAGAAGAUUACCACCUGCCAAUUUUACAAGAUAUAGCCAACUUACUAUCUUGGAUGGAGGAUUUAACUCCAUCUCAAAGCUGGAGCCAGAAUUGUGCCAACGUCUCCCUUUGUUGGAAAUUUUGAACCUCCAACACAAUGAGCUAUCUCAGCUUUCUGAUAAAACCUUUAUCUUCUGCAUGAAUUUGACUGAACUCCAUCUAAUGUCCAACUCAAUCCAGAAAAUUCAAAAUAAUCCCUUUAAAAACCUGAAGAAUUUAAUCAAAUUAAACCUAGCUCAUAAUGGUUUAUCAUCUACUAAAUUAGGAACUCAGCUGCAACUGGAAAAUCUCCAAGAGCUUCUACUAUCAAAUAAUAAAAUUUCUGCACUAAGACGUGAAGAACUUGAUUUCCUUGGCAACUCUUCUUUAAAAAGAUUAGAGUUGUCAUCAAAUCAAAUAAUGGAGUUCUCUCCAGGGUGUUUUCAUGCAAUUGGAAAAUUAUUUGGCUUCUCUCUGAACAAUGCCAAACUGAGCCCCAGUCUCAUAGAAGAGCUCUGCUUGGAAUUAUCAAACACAAGCAUUCAGAAUCUGUCCCUGAGCAACAACCAGCUGUACACAACCAGCAACAAGACUUUUGUUGGGCUGAAGCAGACAAAUCUCACAGUGCUCGAUCUUUCCCAUAACAGCUUAAGUGUGAUUGGUAAUGAUUCCUUUGCUUGGCUUCCACAUCUAGAAUAUCUCUUUCUGGAGUAUAAUAAUAUAGAACAUCUGUCUUCUCGCUCUUUUUAUGGGCUUUCCAAUGUGAGAUACCUGAAUUUGAGACGAUCUUUUACUAAACAAAGCGUUUCCCUGGCUUCACUUCCCAAGAUUGAUGAUUUUUCCUUUCAGUGGCUAAAAUUUUUGGAGUAUCUCAAUAUGGAAGAUAACAACUUUCCAGGCAUAAAAAGCAAUACUUUCACGGGAUUGACAAGGCUGAGAUGUUUAAGUCUAUCCAACUCCUUCUCAAGUUUGCGAACUUUAACAAAUGAAACAUUUUUAUCACUUGCUGGUUCUCCUCUGCUCACACUCAACCUAACCAAAAAUAAAAUCUCAAAAAUAGAGAGUGGUGCUUUUUCUUGGUUGGGCCACCUAACUGUACUUGACCUUGGCCUUAAUGAAAUUGGGCAAGAACUCACAGGCCAGGAAUGGAGAGGUCUAGAAAAUAUUGUUGAAAUCUACCUUUCCUACAACAAAUACCUAGAGCUGACUAGCAACUCUUUUGCCUUGGUUCCAAGCCUUCAACGACUGAUGCUCCGAAGGGUGGCCCUUAAAAAUGUGGAUAGCUCCCCUUCACCUUUUCACCCUCUUCCUAACCUGACCAUUCUGGAUCUAAGCAACAACAACAUAGCCAACAUAAAUGAUGAACUGUUGAAGGGUCUUGAGAAACUAGAAAUUCUGGAUUUGCAGCAUAACAACUUAGCUCGCCUCUGGAAGCAUGCAAACCCUGGCGGUCCUGUUCAUUUUCUGAAGGGUCUUUCUCACCUCUACAUCCUUAACUUAGAGUCUAAUGGCUUUGAUGAGAUCCCAGCAGAAGUCUUCAAGGACUUACGUGAAUUGAAGAGCAUCGAUUUAGGAUUGAAUAAUUUAAAUAUCCUUCCACCAUCUGUCUUUGAUAAUCAAGUGUUGCUAAAGUCAUUAAGCCUUCAGAAGAAUCUCAUAACAUCUGUUGAAAAGAACGUUUUUGGGCCAGCAUUCAAGAACCUGAGUAAUUUAGAUAUGCGCUUUAAUCCAUUUGAUUGUACAUGUGAAAGCAUUGCCUGGUUUGUUAAUUGGAUUAAUAAUACCCAUACGAACAUCUCUGAACUAUCAAGCCGUUACCUCUGCAACACUCCACCUCAAUAUCGUGGUUUCCCAGUGAUGCUUUUUGAUAUAUCACCCUGCAAAGACAGUGCCCCAUUUGAACUCCUUUUCAUGAUAAAUACCAGUAUCCUAUUGAUUUUCAUCUUUAUUGUACUUCUCAUCCAUUUUGAAGGCUGGAAGAUAUCUUUUUAUUGGAAUGUUUCAGUGCAUCGAGUUCUUGGUUUCAAAGAAAUAGACAGACAGCCAGAACAGUUUGAAUAUGCGGCAUAUAUAAUUCAUGCCUAUAAAGAUAGGGAUUGGGUCUGGGAACACUUCUCCCCGAUGGAAGAAGAAGAUCAUACACUCAGAUUCUGUCUGGAAGAAAGGGAUUUUGAGGCAGGUGUCCUUGAACUUGAAGCAAUUGUUAAUAGCAUCAGAAGGAGCAGAAAAAUUAUUUUUGUUAUAACACAGAAUCUACUGAAAGAUCCAUUAUGCAAAAGAUUCAAGGUGCACCACGCAGUUCAGCAAGCUAUUGAACAAAAUCUGGAUUCCAUCAUAUUGAUCUUUCUUGAGGAUAUUCCGGAUUAUAAACUGAAUCAUGCGCUCUGUUUGCGAAGAGGGAUGUUUAGAUCUCGCUGCAUCUUGAACUGGCCGAUUCAGAAAGAACGGGUAAAUGCCUUUCAUCAUAAAUUGCAAGUAGCACUUGGUUCCAGAAAUUCAGUACAUUAAAUUUAUUUAAAGACUAAAUUAAAGGAGUAGCUUUCCUAAUUUAAAAAAGGUCCAUGGUAAAUUUACAUUUUACUUGAUAAUAAUGUAAAUCUGUUCAUUCAUACUUAUCAAUAAGAAUACCACAAGUAUCUCUCUUCUAUGGAGAUAUAUCUCCCUAUUUCAGGCCUUUUAUUACUAAUCAAGUUAAUUUGACCCAAAAUGAACAGAUAAGAAUAUCCUUUACUAAUGAAUACACAAUUGGGUUACUGAGGCCUAUCAAAACAAAGUUUUAAAGUAUUCCUCGUUUAAAGAAAAGUUAGAGGUAUAUGAGUGUUUGUGAUAAUUAUAUUUGGGUUUUUUUUCUGGAUGCACUCAGAAUAAAAUAUAACUUUUAUGGGUACAAUGCUAUUUCAAUUGUGAAAGAGUAAAAUAUACAGCCAUGUUUUUAAAAGUUGAAUUACAGCAAUUUUUCAACUGAAAAACUUUAUAUUUUAGUGGUACCUGUCACAGUGUUGAUUUUGUUAAAUGUUAAAUACCAUUUUAAUAUACAUACUCAGGACAGAAAACAUUUGCACUUCAUUUUGAUUACUUAAUAAAUAAAUAUUUUAAUAAAUACAUUUCCUAAUAUUUGGAAUUCUGCUAUAUGAGGCAUUAGAAGACACUAUUCUUUUACUUAGAAGUAUUGCAGGAAGGCUUAUUUCCUAAAGGUUAAUUAGUAGAUUGGCUUUGUGGAAACAAAAUACUUUCUUCCUCUGGUCACAGAUUUGGCCCUGGCCAAAUCACGUGGUUCCACUGGGAUUUUUUUGACUACUGAUCUUGAAAAUUACAGUGAUAAACAAAAUCUUAACUAUUCCCAAAUCAUUACUGAUGAUGAUCCUGGUAUAAUACAUUCCCAUAGAAUAUAUUAUUAUACCAUAAAAACGUAUUCUGUGUGUAAAUUAGUCCUUAUGAUUAUUUUAAGUUUUAUUUUUGUUUUACAAUAAAAAGAGUCUGAUUAUUGGAAAUAGACAUGAAUAGCUUUUAAAAACCUUUAUAGUUCUGGUAUUCAAAUAUAAAGGAGAGUUGAAAUGAUCAUGUUGAGAUAAUUUAUAUACUUGAAGCACUCAUUUGUCUGCUGAAUUUAGGGAGCAUUUGAGAUGUCACACUUUGGAACUUUGAUUUAAAUAGUUCUGUAUUCUCGGGGCUAAGUUCACAUAAUCCUAAAAAAAACGUAAUACCCGCUGUACUGCUGGUUCUGAAGGACUCUACAACAACAUGAAUAUACGGAGAACUCAUUUUCACUCUCUCAUUAUACACCACCCUCACACUUGAGACAUGUGUUUUGUAGUUUUUUUGUUAAGAUUUGUUUUCUAACUGUGAAAUAAUCCUGUUUUAAUUUGGCAUCAAAAAAUAAAAAUCACAACUAGUUUUUUCGUGA